AUGUGUUUCCCAAGCUUCUCUUUCGUUGUCUUCCUUUGUUUCAUUCUUUUCUCAUUGCCUGCUUUUGCCAUCAAAAAGUCUUAUAUAGUGUACUUGGGAUCGCAUGAUCAUGGCCCUCAAGUUACAACAGCUGAUCUUCAUCGUGUAACUCAUUCUCAUCAUCAGUUACUUUCAUCCUUUUUAGGAAGUACUGAGAAAGCCAAAGAUGCAAUAUUUUAUUCAUACGAUAGGCAUAUUAAUGGCUUUGCUGCCAACCUUGAAGAGGAGGAGGCAGCCGAGAUUGCAAAGCACCCAGAUGUGGUGUCAGUUUUCCCAAACAAAGCAAAAAAAUUACACACAACUCAUUCAUGGAAUUUUAUGUCACUCGAAAACAAUGGCGUCGUCCACCCCAGUUCUAUUUGGGAGAAAGCCAAAUAUGGUGAAGAUGUCAUCAUAGCAAACCUUGAUACUGGUGUUUGGCCUGAAGCAGAAAGCUUUAAUGACGAAGGUUAUGAACCCAUUCCCUCUAGAUGGAAAGGAAAAUGUAACCCCAGAGAUGGGGUUACUUGCAACAGGAAGCUGAUAGGAGCAAGGUACUUCAACAAAGGUUAUGAUGCAUUUGCAGGAAAAUCCGCGCAUUAUAAUGUGUCUGCACGUGAUUAUGUUGGGCAUGGGAGUCACACUCUAUCAACAGCAGGUGGCAACUUUGUUCCAGGAGCAAGUGUGUUUGGGUUUGGCAAUGGAACUGCCAAGGGUGGUUCUCCUAGGGCUAGAGUUGCCGCUUACAAGGUCUGCUGGCCUCCAGUUAAUGGCAGUGAAUGUUUUGAUGCUGAUAUCCUUAAAGGUUUUGAUCAUGCCAUACAUGAUGGAGUCGAUGUUAUUUCUGUCUCACUUGGAGGGGCUGCAUCCGAUUACUUUUAUGAUGGAAUUUCAAUCGGUUCAUUUCAUGCUAUUAAGAACGGCAUUACUGUUGUUUGUUCUGGUGGAAAUUCUGGACCAUAUCUUGGAACUGUCUCAAAUCUUUCACCUUGGUUGCUCACUGUGGGCGCUAGUACCUUGGACCGAGAAUUCCAGACUUAUGUUGAACUCCGUAAUGGAAACCGCUUCAAAGGAUCAAGCCUUGCUCCAGCUCUUCCUGGUGAUGGAUUCUAUCCACUUAUUUCUGGAGCCCAAGCUAAAGCUGCCCAUGCAUCUGCUUCCGAUGCCUUACUCUGCAAGAAUAAAACUCUGGAUCCUGAUAAGGUGAAGGGUAAAAUUGUGGCAUGUGUUAGGGGUGAUAAUGCAAGAGUGGAGAAGGGUGGACAAGUAUUGGAGGCUGGUGGAGCUGGGAUGAUCCUUUGCAAUGAUAAGGCCAGCGGUAACGAAAUUACUGCCGACCCUCAUGUCCUCCCGGCCUCCCAUCUCACAUACAGAGACAGUGUGAAAGUCCUAGCCUAUAUCAAUUCUUCCAAAGACCCACUGGGAUACAUUACCGCGCCAGAGACACAGAUUGGUGCAAAGCCUGCUCCCUUCAUCGCAUCAUUUUCUUCUGCAGGACCAAACAUCAUAAAUCCAGAGAUUCUCAAGCCUGACAUUACUGCACCUGGAGUUAAUAUCAUAGCUGCAUUCACUGGAGCAUUAAGCCCUACGGAAGAACCUUUUGACACGCGUAGGGUUAAAUUCAUCACUAUGUCCGGUACAUCUAUGUCUUGUCCACAUGUUUCUGGAGUUGUUGGCCUUCUUAAGUCGCUCUACCCAGAUUGGAGUCCAGCUGCAAUUAAAUCCGCAAUCAUGACAACUGCAAGAACAAGGGACAACACUGUGAAUCCAAUGCUUGAUGGAUCUUUCGACAAGGCAACACCAUACAAUUAUGGUUCUGGGCACAUUCGACCCAAUCGUGCCAUGAAUCCUGGAUUGGUCUAUGACAUAAAUGUGAAUGAUUAUUGUGAUUUUCUCUGUGGCCUGGGCUACAACCAGACCAAGAUUCACCGUUUCGUUGGAAGACACCAUAAAUGUCCGAAAUCAUUCAAAAUUUAUGAUUUAAACCAUCCUUCAAUUUCAGUCUCUGGUCUCUCUCGCUCAAUCACUGUCACUCGAAGACUAAAGAAUGUUGGAUCACCUGGCACGUAUGCAGCUCAUAUCCGUGAACCACUUGGAGUUUCAGUUUCCGUUGAGCCAAGAAUUCUAAAAUUUGAGAAAAUUGGUGAGGAGAAGCAGUUUAAGGUGACUCUGAAAGCAAAGUGGUCUGGUGCUGUGGAUACAUCAUUUGGAGGUCUAACAUGGACAGAUGGAAAACACUAUGUCAGAAGCCCGAUUGUUGUUGCCCCCAUUAAUAACUAA